AUGGAUGGAACAGGAGCACAGCAAACAGCGCGAAUGCGUCUCCCAGCCCUAAUCGCGCACGUUGCGCAAAUCGUUCUGGCAAUAGCAGUCCUUGGUCUUGCGGCGUACGGGGUUGACUAUAUCUCAUACAAUGUCCUGAUCUACUCUCUGGUUGUGACCAUCUGCAGUCUUGGUGUGUCUUCAUGGAUGAUCGUCUCUCGAAAAUUCCUUGCCAAGUUCGAUAAUACAUGGGUGUCCUUAGGACUCCAUGCUUGGAUGCUCGUCUUCUGGAUCGUCAACCUCGGACUUACUGCCAAUCUGGCACAUGAAUGGCAUCCGCAAUGUUCCUAUACAUCAGAGAGCGGCAAGAUCUGCUCAUCGUAUGUCGUCAAGAGGGACACUACUUUCCAUACUUACUUCGGAGCGCUUGUUGCAAGUGCAGUGCUCAUUGGACUUCAAGUGCUCCUCUGGAUCGGCACCACGACACUGCUGGCACUCGACCUCAAGCGUCGCCGCUCAACCGUAUCGCAAGUCCCAACAGACGGCCCAACACCGCGCUUCUCUGCCGACUCUCAAGCAACUGAAGGCGACUUCGAGAAGCAAUCAAACAUAUUCGACAACGUUAGUGCAGCACCCACCCGUGAUCACGCAGAACCAGUCUUACCACCAGCAUCACCAGACAUCGAAGGCGAGCAAGUAGAACCAUACCAACCAUAUGUUGCCGGCAAUCAGCCCUCACAUCUCACUAUUCCUGGACCGGCGAGGAUGGCAUAAAUGAGCUUGGGUCGCCUGUGCCAUUGCAACGAGUGGUGAGCCAUUUGUACGCGACGAAUCCGGAGAUUGAGAAUUCGUUGGUUACAAAAACACGAAGUCCUCAGUAG